CCAAAAAAUGUUUUAACUAGCCCCCUUUGAAACCCCCAAUCAUAAAGUCGCGAGGAAACCUCACGGACUAGCUACUAGCUAGUAAACUAUUUGACUCUCGGACGAGCGCGUUCGCUUCUUGUUGGAUGCAAAGGCCUUCGUACUCAUACAGUGCAUUCGUACAUUCUUUUCCGGACAGCAAGCCAUUGAUUAACAGCUAGCUAGUAGACGACAGAGUGCUUGUCGGUCAAGUUGCAGCAUUGCUAAGAUACCGUAGCUGGAAGUGGUUGCAUCGAUCUCAAGUCAGUCGAACUACUGGACCGAGACCAUCCACCUCCAAACCUAAGUGCAGUCUUUCCAUCAUUGAUUUCAAGUACCAUACGACGGUCUCCUGAUCUACCGUAUCGCUGUGAGUGGUCUGAUUGUCUGGCUCCAUUCGACUUGAUCUAAAGGAUUAGUCAGCUAAGAAACGGCAUCCGUUAUCUUGGUGGCAGACGCAAUCCUCCUGCAAAACACAACAAAACUUUGGUUCAUAUACCCCUCUUCGAAGCGACUUUGCAGGUCUUACACGGCAUUGCCUCUACUGUCAUUUCCUCGCGGACAAUCUAUCACACAGAGAAACAAAGAGCAAUGGGUAGCACUCAGCCUGCAGACGAGUCCACGCCAAAAAUGGUCGACACCGAACUCCACCACGAGGAGGGAACGGCUGGGGAAAGCACUUCCGUUUGGAACCAACCAAUAAGUCACGACGCAACAGCAGCAGCAGCGUCCUCGGAUGUAGGUCUCCAAGAAAUGGACGACUUCAUUGCAACGUAUGGAAGUUGCGAAGACGACGACAAUAAUAAUGAUGGCCACCAUAGCGACUCGUUUGUCGACGAUUAUCUGCGAGAACAGUCCAAUGCCAUGGUCGAAGAGAUUCAACGUCAACUAGACGAACAAAUCCAACAGGCAUUGCAGGAACAAAUAGAUCAACAAAUGGAAGACUACUUGCAACGAGAAGAACAAGAAGAAAUCAUGCACGCCGAUUGUUGGGAGCCUCCAACCGACAAUGGCAUGACCGCGGAUCCAAACUUGAGCUUUUUGAGUGACCGUCUGGCCAAGGCGGUGCGGCUGGAGGCCGCUGUCCCAACGGUGGCAGAAAUCAAUGCCGAUAUUCAGAAAAUUGUAGAUCGAUAUCGAACCAAAACGGAAGGGGAGGAUACUAGUGGUCACGAAGGUCUCCAGAAGGGUUCAAAACGGUUACUCUUUUCAUAGACGAAUGCAUGCCAGCCAAUCGCGGACUCCACCUGCUCAUUUAUUGGAGAAAGUAUUGUAGGAUUCAAGGUAGGACGUACGAUAUGAUAAUAUAGCUUUAGAGACCGCCUUACUUC